UCGCUUUCUCUAAAUUGCCAUCUUUGGUACUUUUCAGGGUUGUAGGAUAUCCUGAUUCCCACCUGCCUGUUUUUUUUCCCUGAGAUGAGUUUUGGAGAUGGAAGGCUGCAAGGCCUGUGAUGCGUAAAGGAUUCCAUGUGAUUUUUUUAAAAGCUGUUCUUACUGAAGAGCAAAUGGUGGUUUUAGAUCCCUCACCUCAUGCCUGUUGAUGGACGAUUCAGCUGCAGUUGCCGUUAUCCAAGACCGUGACAUGGAAGAGAAAAUGAGUCAGAGUUCCCGGUUGGCCGAAUCGCCUCAGAUCUCUAAGAGCACUCUCCUCACCAUCUUGGGCAGCCCUCAGCCUGAGAGGAUGAGCCUCUCUGAUUCCAUGCCCCCCACCCCAAAGAGUGGCACCCCCUCACCCGGGCCACCUCAGCUCCCUUUACUGAGCACCAGUUGCCUUGAUGGCGACUGGGAAAGCCGUGAGGAACUACGCCUGCGUGAGCUGGAGGAGGCCCGAGCCAGAGCAGCCCAGAUGGAGAAGACUAUGCGAUGGUGGUCGGACUGCACAGCCAACUGGAGGGAGAAAUGGAGCAAGGUGCGCGCCGAGCGGAACAAGGCCCGGGAGGAUGUGCGCCAGCUGCGCCAGAAGCUGGAGACCCUGACCAAGGAGCUGACCAGCCUCAAACGGGAGAGGCAGGAGGUUCUGAAUGAGAACGAGCAACUGAGCAAAGAAGUGGCGCGGCUGAAAGGGGAAGGCGAGGGGGAGAAGGAGCUGGACAACCGCGUGGCCUCCGAAAAGGAAAGCGAGGCCUCUCCAGAACAGGAGCCUGUGCGAGACGUGGGUUCUGAGAAGCUGACAAAGAACAAGUCAUUGCAGGAGUUUGAAUUGAUGGAGAACCUUCUGAAAAGCAAACAGGAAGCCUCUGAGUGCUGGGACCAACGGAGCUCAGUCAGCGUCCGCUCGUCUUUCACCCGCCAAGAAAGGAACCGCCUGCUGUGGGAGGAUGUCUCAGUCAUUGAGGAAGAUGCCACCAAGAUCACCGCCCUGAAAUUGCGUCUGGAUGAAUCUCAGAAAGUGCUACUCAAGGAGCGGGAGGAUAAGCUGUCCCUCAGCAAGAACAUUGAGAAGUUGGAAGGUGAAGUGAGUCAGUGGAAGAUCAAAUUUGAGGAGCUGAACAAGAACAAGCAGGAAGUGCUGAAACAGCUGAACAUUCUUAAGGAGAUCCACCAGGAUGAACUGGGGCGCAUCUCAGAGGAUCUGGAAGAUGAACUGGGGGCUCGAUCAAGUAUGGACAAGAAAUUGGCUGAGCUACGGUCAGAGAUGGAGCGUCUGCAAGCUGAGAAUGCAGCAGAAUGGGGGAAGCGUGAGCGCCUCGAGACAGAGAAGCUCAACCUGGAACGGGAGAACAAGAAGCUGCGGGCCCAGAUCGAGGACCUGGAGGAGGUCUUGGCCCGCAAGAGGAGGCAGACGGCCAGUGCCCUUGACACCGAUCUCAAGACCAUCCAGACGGAGCUCUUCGAGAAGAAUAAGGAGUUGGCAGACCUGAAACACGUCCACACCAAGCUGAAGAAGCAGUACCAGGAGAAGACCGCCGAACUGGCCCAUGCAAACCGGCGUGUGGAGCAGCAUGAAGGUGAGGUGAAGAAGCUGCGCUUGCGUGUGGAAGAACUCAAGAAGGAGCUGGCCCAGGCUGAGGACGAG